GCUAAGACCAGACUCCAGCGCCCAACGUGUCAGUGUGCGAGAUCCUCCACAACUCCGAGCACUUUAGCUCCGAGUUUUCUUUCAAGAAGCGCUCAAGAGACGCGGCCGUGAUUCCCUUUUCUCCCCCGUUCAUUCACAAUGGACAAUAUUAAAGACGGCUGGUUCACCGAGACGUGCACGUUAUGGCCUGGCCAAGCAAUGAGUCUUCAGGUGGAGGAGGUUCUGUACCAUAAAAAAUCCAAAUUUCAGGAUGUUAUGGUGUUUAAGAGUAAGACUUAUGGGAACGUCCUGGUGUUGGAUGGAGUAAUCCAGUGUACGGAACGAGAUGAGUUUUCAUACCAAGAAAUGAUUGCCAAUCUACCACUGUGCUGCCACCCCUGCCCCAAGAAGGUUCUGAUUAUUGGAGGAGGAGAUGGCGGGGUACUGAGGGAGGUUGUGAAGCAUCCGAUGGUCGAGUCUGUAGUUCAGUGUGAGAUUGAUGAGGAUGUCAUUAAUGUGUCAAAGAAGUACCUCCCUGGAAUGGCAAAAGGUUUCUUCAGCCCAAAGCUGACUCUGAAUGUCGGAGAUGGCUUUGAGUUCAUGAAACAGAAUCAGGAUGCAUUUGAUGUCAUCAUAACAGACUCCUCAGACCCCGUUGGUCCAGCAGAAAGCUUAUUCAAAGAGUCCUACUAUCAACUUAUGAAAACAGCUCUUCGUGAGGGUGGAAUUCUUUGUUGUCAAGGAGAGUGCCAGUGGCUGCAUCUAGAGCUGAUCAAAGAAAUGCGCACCUUCUGUAAGACCCUCUUCCCUGUCGUUGACUACGCUUAUUGCACCAUACCCACCUACCCAAGUGGUCAGAUAGGCUUCAUGCUCUGCAGCAAAAACUCACAAACAAAUUUCCGUGAACCAGUACGAGAAUUAUCAAGGGACGAUAUUGAGAGCAUGCACCUAAAAUAUUACAACCCUGAAAUCCACCGAGCUGCAUUCAUCCUACCAGAAUUUGCCAGAAAGGUACUAAGUGAAGCAUAACUGGCUUCUUGGCUGCCAUCUUGUCUUACGCUGCCUUCUGUGGAAACAGGACAAACCCAUCAGCACAGUUGCAGUGCACGUCUCCUGGCUCUCUCCCCAGCCUGCCUGCUGCUCUGCUUCAACGUGAAAGGGAACAUCUGGGGGGGAUUUCAGACAGUCCUCAUUCCCUCCAGGGUUUCCCUAAAGACUUAUUUGGGUUUUUAUUUAUUUGCUUUGAUCGGUUUUUCCUGUACAUCACUCACAAUCAAUGUUCAGCUUCAUAGUCGAUCAUGUUACUGGUGGACCUCCUAGUUUCUGUGUCAUAAAUGUCCAGUAUGAAUAUGCUCUGGAAUAUGUCUGGCUUAAAAAGGUUUUUGGUUUAGAUCAGUGCAAAAUUAGUCUUAUGUUGUCUCAGGAGGAUGGCGUUACAUUUCGCCGCUGCUCUGUUUGCUGUUAACAAGGAAGUCAAAUAACCAUCUAUUAAAAUCGCAGUUUAAUGGAAGAAGCAGCAUUUGAAUUUGGCAGCUGUGCGUUCUAGGGAUUAUUUCACUGUUUUCUGUCGUUCUCUGUUAAUCUGUGAAAAGACACUCAGGUCAAGAGCAAUCCUACAUUUAUUUACAACAUUAUGUACAUGAUGAUCUUAGAAACGGUGGAUCAUCGGCCAAUUAAUCAGUAGAUCAUUAACAAAUUUGAAAAUACUAACUGUAGUUGAAUAAAAGCCUAAUACAUAAUAACCAAGUUUAAAGUUAUUAAUGUGUUAAAUUAAUGAAGAAUAAUCUUCAGCUCUCCCUGUACGGAUGCUAUAACGGUUAUUGAGUGUUUUGUAAUAAAACAGUCUGUGGAUGAUUUGGAUCUUAGCCUGAAAUGGUUUAGAUCCUGUCCUGAAUAGGGAAUUUGCUGUGGUUUACUGGUUUGAUUUUUUUUUUUUUUUUUUUUUUUCUCUCUUCCUUCUUCUUCAUGAAUAGUUAUGUUACGACUGCCAUGUGAGGCUGACUUGCAUAUAAAUUAGGUAUUUUCUACUCUGCAUUAAGUGCUGUAUCGUGUGGUAUUAAUGGUGUACUCUUUGCAAAUGCGUGUUUGCAACUUGCUGGGAUGAGAUCAUGAUUUCAUGUAGAAUGUGAAAUGUCAGUUGGUUGGCCUGGAAAAGGUGUGAGAAAUCAAUAUAAUGCAGUGUGAAAUGUGCUUUUAAGUGCAAAACUGAGUCAAAAGAAGGGUCCCCUUCAAGGUAAAUCACUAUUUACUGUUUUUUUUUGUUUUUUUUUAAGCUGUUCUUUGGGAGCUUCUCCAAAGGCCAUUCUCAUGUUCCUGUCAAUGUUACUAGAGGCCAGGAUGUACCUAUUCUUUCAGCAUCUAGUGUUCAAAUCAAAUUAAUUUAGCAAAAUUCAUAUGUCCUUUUGAAAUAUUAAAACGUAUAUUAAA